CCGGCCUCAAGGCACUUCACGCCUCUCCUCUCCCCUCCCUACUCCCUACCCCGAGAUACCCUUUGUUUUUUCGCCAUGUCGAUGGAUCUGGACGGCGCCGUCUCUUUCCAGCCCGGCGCGCAGAGCGCUGCCACCAUUCUCUGCUGCAACUGUGGCGCGCCCAUAGACGGCACCUCGGCUGCCGGCGCCCUUUGCUACGACUGUAUCAAGCUCACCGUUGACAUCAGCGGUGGCAUUCAGCGCGAGGCGACUCUGCACGUAUGCAGAGACUGCGACAGAUGGAUGUCGCCGCCCAACCAGUGGCUCGUUGCCGCACCAGAGUCGCGUGAGCUACUGGCCCUGUGCCUGCGCAAGCUGCGCGGCUUGAACAAGGUCCGCAUUAUCGACGCCAGCUUCAUCUGGACCGAGCCGCACUCCCGCCGAGUGAAGGUCAAGAUUACAAUCCAGCAGGAGGCCUUCCAAGGCACCAUCCUGCAGCAGACAUUCGAGGUCGAAUAUGUUGUGGCCAACCAGCAGUGCCCCGACUGUGCCAAGAGCUACACGCAUAACACCUGGCGCGCAUGUGUCCAGGUGCGCCAGAAGGUCCCGCACAAGCGCACUUUCCUCUACCUCGAGCAGCUUAUUCUCAAGCACUCGGCCCACCGCGACACGAUCAACAUCAAGGAGACGCAUGAGGGUAUCGACUUCUUCUUCGCUGCCCGGAACUCGGCCGAGAAGUUCGUCGACUUCCUCAAGUCGGUCGUUCCCGUCAACUCCAAGAAGUCGCAGGAGCUCAUCUCUAUGGACGUCCACACGUCAGUCAAGUCAUACAAGUUCUCCUUCUCCGUCGAGAUUGUCCCCAUCUGCAAGGAUGACCUGGUCGUCUUGCCGAUCAAGAUGGCCAAGCAGCUCGGCAACAUCGCCCCCCUGACCCUUUGCAACCGCGUGGGCACGGCUAUCCAGGUGAUGGACGUGCAGACGCUGCAGACGGCCGAUAUCAGCCCGGACGUCUAUUGGCGCGUGCCCUUUACGCCCCUCGCCGACGUGACGGAGCUGGCCGAAUUCAUCGUUCUGGACAUCCAGCCUCUCGGGCAGACCAAGGGACGCUAUCUCCUCGCCGAGGCCGAGGUAGCUCGCGCCUCGGACAUGGGCGUCAACGACAAAACGUACUUCUGCCGGACGCACCUGGGUGGGCUGCUGCACCCAGGCGACUCGGUGCUGGGCUACCACCUCGAGGGCACCAACUUCAACAACACGCUGUACGACGAGCUCGAGAACAGCAAGUACAAGUCGACGAUCCCGGACGUGGUGCUGGUCAAGAAGCACUACGAGCGCAAGAAGAAGAACAAGCGCAACUGGAAGGUCAAGCGCAUGGCCAAGGAGGAGAGCGAGAUGCUGCCGCGCAAGCAGGACCAGGAGCGCCUCGAGCGCGACUUUGAAAUGUUCUUGCGCGACGUUGAGGAGGACGCCGAUUACCGCGCGGGCGUGGCGCUGUACAAGAGCCAGCACGCGCCGCAGCGGGGCGACGCGGAGGAGAUGGACGAGGACGAGAGCGAGGCCGGCGACGAGGACCAGGGCCUGCAGAUUCCGAUGGACCAGCUGCUGGACGAGAUGGAGGACCUGACGAUGGCGGACGGCGAGGAGGUGUGAGUGGCGGGAUGAAAGGGAGGGAUGGAAGCGGGCGGAAAAAUAUCACGGCGUUGGUUGGGGUGCAUGCAUGCGUGUUAGCGGCGUUUUGGUUUGGGCACAUACGAGUACCAUUUAUUGUGCUGUAGGUCGUUUCCAAUUCUACUGAGCUGCUAGCUGUCUACGUAUGCUUCGUUGUCAGCGGGUCUGGUAUACGUGCUUGCAUGCAUGUAUGCAUAUCGGACCAUGCCCAUGAAGGGGUUCUCUUACUGCAAGUGUAGGUAGGUACACACAUACACACG